GGCAGAACAAACCCUCAUCUCCAGAGUUGUAAUCCAAGGCUCAAAACACUAUAUCACACUAGCUCUCUGUGGCACAUUAACUAGCCAUAUGUGAAGGCUUUAAGGGUUAAAUGAUAUAAGUUGAACUGUGUAUUCUGUUUCAUAACAGGCUCUGUACCAGAUUGGAGGUACUUUGUGAGUUAUGGUUGGCAUCAUCCCUUAUCAUUAGCCGUGCUGACUAGAGUUGCUGAGAGUUGGAAUCAAACAGCAUCUGGAGGGCCAUUGGUUCCCCACUGCUGCACCAUACAGCAUCUGUAUCUCAUGCCCUUCAUCGCUAACUCUUUCCUUGCUCUUUGCUUGCAGGGCACUCCGUCUCCUCACCAUGCCCACCCUGUAUCUUUCCCCACAUCCCGAUAACUUCCAGAAUCUCCGUGUGCUUGUGGCAGCCCGGUAUGGCUAUCAGGAGCCCAAGGUGGUUGCUCUGCCCCCCAACACAGAGCUGGAGAAUCCUUCCUUCUCUGUGUCCAAGCUCCCAGCUCUGGAGAUGCAGGCAGGGAUCUGUGUGUCUGGCCCGGCAGCUGUUUCGUACCUCCUGUCUUCAGAUGCGUUGAGAGGACAAGAUCCUGAAGCAAGUGCCCUGGUCCGGCAGUGGAUCAGCUUUGCUGACUUGGAAAUUGCUCCUGCAGCCUGUGCAGCGGCAUUCUCUGUGCUGGGAGUCUCCAAGCAAAGUAAACAGGUGACAGAUCGCGCUGUGAUAGAGCUUCGGAAUCUCCUUGGCGUGCUGGACGGUCACUUGAAGCUCCGGACAUACCUGGUGGGGGAGGCUGUGACGUUGGCUGAUGUGACAGUUGCUUGUGCUCUUCUGUUGCCAUACAAAUAUGUCCUUGACCAGUCUCUUCGCUCUUCUUACACCAAUGUUACACGUUGGUUCCUCACCUGCAUCAACCAGCCAGAAUUCCAAGCCAUUCUGGGUCCAGUGAAGCUGUGUGAUCAGGCACUUGGAGUGAAUACCCUAAAACCAGAACUCAGAGAAUCAGCGGCACACUCUGAAGCUGAGUUGUCAGAGCAGAAGGACUUAGCAGAGCCACCCCCGAAAAGUGCGUCCCAGCUAAAGAAAGAAGCAAAGAAGAAAGAAAAACUGGAAAAGUUUCAACAGAAGAAAGAAAAAAGCCAGCAGCAGCAACAGGGUGAAAAGAAACCAAAAGCAGAAAAGAAGGAGAAAAAAGAUCUUGGGGUCAUAACCUAUAACAUCCCAACCAAGCCAGGGGAGAAAAAAGAUGUGACUGGCCCAAUGCCUGACUCCUACAGCCCUCAGUAUGUUGAAGCUGCCUGGUACCCUUGGUGGGAGAGCCAGGGUUAUUUCAAACCAGAGUAUGGGCAUCGCAGUGUCUCUGAGCCCAACCCCAAAGGCCUCUUCAUGAUGUGUAUCCCACCACCCAACGUCACAGGAUCUCUACAUCUUGGCCAUGCACUCACCAACGCCAUCCAGGACUCCCUGACUCGAUGGCACCGGAUGAAGGGGGAGACCACCCUGUGGAACCCAGGCUGUGACCAUGCUGGCAUCGCCACACAAGUCGUGGUGGAGAAGAAGCUUUGGAAGGAGCAAGGGAAGACCCGCCAUGACCUUGGCAGAGAGCUAUUCAUUAAGGAGGUCUGGAAGUGGAAAAAUGAGAAAGGGGAUCGGAUUUACCAUCAGCUGAAGAAACUGGGUUCCUCAAUGGACUGGGACAGAGCCUGUUUUACUAUGGAUCCUAAACUCUCUCAUGCUGUUGAAGAGGCUUUUAUCCGAUUGCAUGAAGAAGGGGUCAUUUAUCGCAGCAAACGCCUUGUCAAUUGGUCAUGCACUCUGAACUCGGCUAUCUCUGAUAUAGAGGUGGAUAAGAAGGAGUUAACAGGCCGAACUCUCUUGCCUGUGCCUGGUUACAAGGAGAAGGUUGAAUUUGGAGUGCUGGUCUCCUUCGCGUACAAGGUUGAGGGCUCAGAUGAAGAAGUAGUGGUGGCUACAACCCGUAUUGAGACGAUGCUGGGGGACACAGCUGUUGCAGUACAUCCUCAGGAUCCCCGGUACCAGCACUUGCAUGGUCGGAGUGUCCUUCACCCUUUCACUGAACGGCUCUUGCCUAUUGUGUGCGAUGACUUUGUAGACAUGGAAUUUGGAACUGGUGCAGUGAAAAUCACACCAGCCCAUGAUCAGAAUGACUAUGAGGUCGGCUUGCGACAUGGGCUCAACUUCAUCACCAUUUUUGAUGAGGACGGCUAUCUCAUCAAUGUGCCCCCUCCCUUCUUGGGAAUGAAGCGAUUUGAUGCUCGUAAAGCAGUGCUGGAAGCUUUGAAAGAAAAGACACUGUUCAGAGAGGUGAAGGACAACCCCAUGGUGGUACCAGUUUGCAGUCGCUCCAAAGAUGUGGUGGAGCCAUUGCUGAAGCCCCAGUGGUAUGUGCGCUGUGACACAAUGGCACGAGGAGCAGCCGAGGCAGUGCGCCGAGGGGACCUGCGCAUUGUACCAGACUUCCAUCUCAAAACCUGGUUCAAUUGGAUGGACAAUAUCCGGGACUGGUGCAUUUCUCGGCAGCUGUGGUGGGGCCAUCGUAUUCCAGCCUAUUUUGUGACUGUCAAUGAUCCCUCUGUGCCACCUGGAGAGGAUACAGAUGGCAAAUAUUGGGUUAGUGGCCGAAGCGAGCAGGAAGCAAAAGAGAAAGCAGCUAAAGUCUUCAGAGUGACCCCAGACAAAAUCUCCCUCCGGCAAGAUGAGGAUGUCCUGGACACCUGGUUCUCCUCUGGUCUGUUUCCUUUCUCCAUUUUCGGGUGGCCAAAUCCUAAGAGUGAAGACCUCCAGGUUUUUUACCCUGGGACUCUCCUGGAGACUGGACACGAUAUUCUCUUCUUCUGGGUGGCCCGCAUGGUUAUGUUGGGCCUAAAGCUUACAGGGAAGUUGCCAUUCAGAGAGGUUUACCUUCAUGCUGUUGUUCGGGAUGCCCAUGGCAGGAAGAUGAGCAAAUCACUUGGAAACGUAAUCGAUCCAUUGGAUGUUAUCACUGGAAUCACACUGGAGGGCUUACAUACUCAGUUGUUAGACAGCAAUUUGGACCCAGCUGAAAUCGAGCGAGCAAAACAAGGACAGAAAUCUGACUACCCCAGUGGGAUCCCUGAAUGUGGGACAGAUGCACUCCGGUUUGCUCUUUGCGCUUACACAUCUCAAGGUCGGGAUAUAAACCUGGAUGUGAACCGGAUUCUGGGCUACCGGCAUUUCUGCAACAAACUCUGGAAUGCAACCAAAUUUGCCAUCCGUGGCCUUGGGGAGGGAUUCCAGCCACAGCCCAGCCCUGAGCCCAGUGGUUCUGAGAGCCUCAUUGACAUGUGGAUCUUGAGUCGCCUGAGUCACGCUGUGGAGUUAUGUGAUGUUGGAUUCCAAGCAUACGACUUCCCUGGCAUCACCACAGCUGUGUAUAACUUUUGGCUCUAUGAGCUCUGUGAUGUAUACCUGGAGUGCCUAAAACCCGUGUUUUCUGGUCAAGAUGAGGUGGCUAUCCAGACAGCCCAGAACAUUCUCUACACCUGCUUAGAUGCUGGACUUCGUCUUCUCAGCCCAUUUAUGCCCUUUGUCACAGAAGAAUUGUUCCAGCGGUUGCCACGGCGGUGUCCUUCCUCGGACCCUCCCAGUAUCUGUGUUACCCCUUAUCCCAGCACAGAAGAGUACCGGUGGAGAAAUGAGAGCCUGGACUGUUCCAUUGACUUUGUGUUGAAUAUUAUUAAGGCUGUGCGUUCACUUCGAGCAGACUACAACCUCACCAAGACCAAAGCCGACUGUUAUUUGCAAUGUCUGGAUUCUGAGACUGUGGGGGCUGUUACCCAGUGCUCUGAAUACAUCCGUACUCUUUCUUCCUCCAAGCAAGUGUUGGUUCUGGAGCCUGGGAAGGCGCCCCCUUCUGGCUGUGCUGUUGCUAUCGCCUCGGAUAAAUGCACAGUCCACCUUUUGCUGAAGAGAGGUUAG